AAGGCAACAUUUUCUUUGUUCUUCCAUCUCAGGAGGAUGUUUGCUGUACUGAUCCUGCCUUUUCUCAGAGGAAUCACAGGAGCGACCUUCUUUCGUCAUUCCGACAAUUCAGAGCAGAAACUGCUCUGCAGUGUAUCAAGCGAUCAAAACAAAACUGGCUGGUGGUUUGGAGGUACUUCCUUGCAACAGUUUGGACAACCAACGGACGCUUAUACUUCUUGUGGAGGAACAUACAACAAAACGGAUCCAUGUUAUACAGAAGGAAAGGAGCUUGUCUUCAAAUCUCCAAAUGGCGGAAGCGUUGCGUGCAAAAGCCUAGCAGAUCAUGAGACGUUUAACCAAGUCCCCCUAUUUACUAAUGAGGAGGACUGCAAGAAUUUUGACUUCUUUAUUGUAGCAAUAACACAAAACAAAGCAGAGACAAAAACACCCAGUACAAAUGCACCACUUGCAAAAGCUGUGUCUCUUGGACAAAAUAAUUUCAGUCUUGCCUGCCAAUUCAAGCUGACGCAAAACACCGGUACGUUUUCUGUGUAUUGGAUUAAGGAAGGUGAUCGAAGCAUGUGUCUUUUUUCUGCUUCCAAUGAAGGUGGUUAUAACCAUCAUAACUUAUCUUAUGAUACAAACUGCUGUGUGGAUGCUGGGAUCAAAGAUAGGAGGUGCUUUCAUCAUACAACUUUGGAUAGAGAUGGACAAAAUCAAAGCCAUGAGAUUACAAUUCUCAAUGCCACUCUUUCUGAUGGCGGAAAAUAUUUGUGCAUAGUUACUGCCUUUGCAUCUAAGCAAGAAUGGAGGAUUAUAACCAACGUUUCUGUAACUGUGGAGGAGGAUCCUUUGCCACCACCUGUUUUUAGAAAUGUGCUAGAGCUUUCCCUGGGAGUGAUAGGAGGCCUCUUUCUGCUCAGCAUGAUCAUCUUGUUUCUUUGCUGGAAGAAGAAAUUGAGAGGAAAACCACUGGAAUUGCAUGAAAGGGAUCAGAGUGCAACAGAAAUGGACGGAGAGGAUUGUUCUCCAUAUGCCAUCUCCAGCCGCAAUGAUCCCAGAGGAAAUGAAGUGAUCUAUUCGCUCGCAAUGAGUCCUGGAGUAAACCCAAACACAGACCUAGCUUUAUUGGAGCACAAACCAGCUUCUGGAAGGCAACCUGGAGAAGAUUUGCAAGCAAUCUAUGCAGUGGUCAAGAAAAACUGAGCAUUCGUAAUGCGCUGGACAGAAUAUUAAUCUCAGAGAUGGACAUCCCAGGACUGGACUUUAUUCAGCUCGGAGUGACCACUACCUCCAGUGGCGCUCCUGGUCUCCAAGCCGCGUUUCCAAGUUAUCUUAUUAUGUUGGAGCAAUCGUUUCAAAAGUGGAAGGACCCCGAAAUUCCAAACAAUUCUAGUCCUAAGCAUUUUGGAGAAGGGAGAAUCAACUAAUAAUAAUAAUAAUAAAAAAUAAUAAUGAACA